UGCCUGAAGCCACUACAGUGUCUGUUUGAAGACUUGGAGAAUGUGGAGUUUCCUGAUAUCAAAGGUCAAAUCCGACCUCUGAUGCACACAGUAUGUCUGGUGUGGACCAGCUCCAGACACUACAACACCCCAGCACGCCUUGUCGUUCUGCUGCAGGAGACCUGCAACCUCCUCAUACAGCAGGCCCGGGCAUAUCUAAUUGCAGAGGAGGUUCUGAGAGAAGAGGUUUCUGAAAGUCUCCUGAGGGUACAGAUGAGCCUGGAGAUCCUGCAGCUGUUUAAGAGCACCUACGACGACCGUAGAGCCAAUCUGAGACAAUACCAGAAGAAUGAAAGCUUGAUCAAGCCAUGGGACUUCUCCCCGCUGUUGGUUUUCUCUAGAUUUGAUCGAUUUGUUAACAGAGUCAAAAGCAUUAAGGACAUCCUGUUAACAGCGUUGGAUCUGAUGAAGCUCGAGAAAGUGGAGAUUGGAGGCAUACAAGGUCGAGCCCUUAGCUUGCAAGUCCAGCAGCUUCACCAAGAGUUUUUGGACACUUACAGAUUGUUCACAGAGAAACCUUCUGACUGCUUAGACAUCAGCAACCUGGACUUUGAAGAAGACAUGAGACAGUUCAAACUAAAGGUGGAUGACACAGAACGGCGACUAGGAGCUAUCUUCUGUCAGGCUUUUGAUGACGCCUCAGGACUGGAGCAUGCCUUCAAGGUUGUGGAUAUGUUUGGCUCCCUGCUGGAGCGUUCAUUAGUUGCUGCUGACGCUCUGAGCAGAUACCCUUUUCUUAUGUCCAUGUUUGACCAAGAGCUGGACUGCUGCAAACUCCUUUACAACAAACACAUGCGAGCUGCUGAGGAGCUGGGCUCAGCCCCAGUGAAUAAGAAUAUGCCAGCAGUAGCUGGAGGGCUGAGAUGGGCCCAGGAGCUACAGCAGCGCAUUCAGGCCCUCUUCUUCAAGUUCAGACACCUUUCCUACCCGUGCCUGGAGUCUGCAGAAGGAGUCAGAGUCAUCCAGAAGUACGAGGAGAUGAUGCAACUACUGGAUAGAUAUGCCAACAGCUUGUAUAAGAGGUGGACGGAGACGGUGGGCGAGAGCUCGCAGUACAACCUCAGUUUGCCAUUAAUCAGCAGAGACCAGGACACUCAUUUGAUCUCAGUCAACUUCAACCCGCAGCUGGCAUCUGUGCUCAGGGAAGUGAGGUAUUUGGAAGGCAGACAAAUUGAGGCCAUACCAGAAACUGCUGUGCAGAUCUACACCACCAGGGAGCAGCUGUGGCAGUAUGUGGUCAACCUGGACCUCACUGCUGUCCAAUACAACAAGGUGAUGCACUCUGUGCUCGAUGUGGAGCGUCCUCUGGUUCAGGACCAGCUCAGGGACAUCGAUGCUCAGCUCAGAAAGGCAGAGGAGAGCCUGAACUGGAACAGCCCAGGUGUUUGGCAGUACAUCCAGGACAUGCGGGACUGUGUGUGUGACCUGGAGAGCCGACUCCAGAGGACCAAAGACAACGUGGAGGUAAUCCAGAGCUGCAUGAGGACUUGGGCCAACCCCAUGUUUGAUAGGAAAGAUGGCAAAAAAGAUGCACUACUCAGCCUAGAGGACAGGACGGAGAGGGCUGAUAGGUUUUACAGUCUGAUACGAUCCUCUGGAGAAAAGAUCCACUUCCUGCUGAAGAGCAACCAGGCGCUGUUCAGAGCUGAGCCGUCUUCUGAGGAGUGGAAGGCCUAUGUGGAGUACAUUGAUGACAUGAUCGUGGAUGGUUUCUUCAGCAGUAUUGAGUGCUCUCUGAAGUUCUUCUUGGACAACACUGACCAGAGAGCUGUGGUGGCCCCGCUGUUCGAGGCUCAGCUGGAUCUGAAGUUCCCUGACAUGGUGUUCACUCCCUCACUGGAGCUUGGAUCUGGAGACAGUUUGUUUGAGAUGGUGGAUAGCCUCAUCAAUGACGUGUUCAGGGUGUCCUCCUUGGUGCCCCGCCUAGCCGAGGACAGCCCAUUUCCCCACUACCAGGCUGACAUGGAGGACAUGGCUGACCUGGCAGAGAUGCGUAACCUCCUCAUGGAACAUGUGCAGAGUGCCAUGGUGGCGUGCUGCGAGUUUCGUAACUCUCUGGAGCGUUACAGCUACCUGUAUGUGGACGACAGGAAGGAGUUCAUGCGUCGGUUCCUUGAGUAUGGACACAUUGCAGAUGAAGAGGAUUACACUGACAAUGGAGGCCCAGAGAAUCCACCGACUCUGGACAAUUUUAGAGAGCAGGUGGACGGCUUCGAGAAGCUUUACGAGGAGGUUCAGGGUCUGGAGGUGGUGCAUGUGUUUCAUGGGUGGAUAAGGGUGGAUGGUCGGAGCAUGAAGACUGCCUUGCUCAAUGUCAUCAAAAAAUGGAGCCUUAUGUUCAAACAGCACCUCAUGGAUUUAGUAACCAACAGUCUGUCAGAUCUGGAGACGUUCAUCACUGUAACUGAAGCUGGACUGGUCCAGCGGGUGGAGGAAGGCGACUAUGGCGGUCUGGUUGAAGUCAUGGCUCGCCUGCAUGCUGUGAAGGAAAGACAAAACACCACAGACGCCAUGUUUGAGCCUCUGAAACAAACUAUUACUCUGCUGAAGGUGUAUGAACAGGAGCUUCCUGAGGUUGUUUACAAACAGCUAGCGGAGUUACCAGAAAAGUGGAACAAUUUGAAAAAACAGGCGAUGUUGGUGAAACAGCAAGUGGCGCCACUGCAGGCCAUCGAGGUGGCCAACCUUCGCCGAAAGUGUGCUUCGUUCGAUGUUGAGCAACAUGCUUUUCGGGAACACUUCCGCAGCAACGAGCUUUUCAGGUUUGACUGCAAGAGCCCCUACCAGCUGUUGGAUGAAUUCCACCAGCAGAUCCAGGAGAGGGAGGCAGUGAUGGCCUCCCUGGUGGAGUCUGCCAGCCUGUUUGAGGUCACCGUCUCCGAGUACAAACAGCUCCAACAAUGCAGACGUGAGGUGGGGAUGCUGAAGGAGGUGUGGGAUAUGAUCACUGUGGUGGAAUCCAGCAUGGCGGCGUGGAGGACGACCCCCUGGAGAGAGAUCAAUGUGGAAGAGAUGGAGCUGGAGUGCAAAUGUUUCUCUAAAGAUAUUCGGGGGCUGGAUAAAGAGGUUCGAGCAUGGCAAGCCUUCACAGGUCUGGACAGCAGGGUGAAGAACAUCCUCACCUCCCUCCGGGCCGUAGCGGAGCUCCAAAACUCAGCUAUACGAGCCCGGCACUGGCAUCAGCUGAUGGCUGCUACUGGAGUCCGCUUCACCAUGAACCAGGAGACCACCCUGGCCGAUCUGCUGCAGCUCAAUCUUCACUGCUUUGAAGAGGAGGUGAGGGGGAUUGUGGACAAAGCUGUUAAAGAGAUGGGGAUGGAGAAAGUGCUGUCGGAGCUCAACUCCACCUGGACAGGUAUGCAGUUCCAGUACGAGCCUCACCACAGGACCCAGGUGCCUCUGCUGCGCACAGACGAGGAGCUGAUCGAAACUCUGGAGGAUAACCAGGUUCAGCUGCAGAACCUCAUGUCCUCCAAGCACAUUGCACACUUCCUAGAUGAAGUGUCUUCAUGGCAGAGCAAGCUGUCUGUGGCAGACUCGGUCAUCUCCAUCUGGUUUGAGGUGCAGCGGACGUGGACUUACCUGGAAAGCAUCUUUAUCGGCUCGGAGGACAUCCGCUCACAGCUGCCUGAGGACUCCAGACGCUUCGAAGGGAUUGAUGCUGAUUUCAAAGAGCUGGCGGAUGCCAUGCAUCGGACGCCGAAUGUUGUGGAGGCCACCAAUAAACCAGGCCUCUUUGGUAAGCUGGAGGACAUCCAGAGCAGGCUCUCUCUGUGUGAAAAAGCUCUGGCAGAGUAUCUGGAUACCAAGCGUCUGGCCUUCCCCAGAUUUUACUUCAUCUCUUCAGCUGAUCUGCUGGACAUCCUGUCUAAUGGGACCAACCCACAGCAGGUCCAGAAGCAUCUGUCUAAGCUGUUUGACAACAUGGCUAAGAUGCGAUUUGAAGCAGAUGGAGAGGGAAAUCCGUCGGAGACUGGCGUGGGCAUGUACAGCAAAGAGGACGAGUAUGUCCCCUUUAAUCAGUCCUGCGACUGCACUGGGCAGGUGGAGCUGUGGUUGAAUAGGGUGCUGGAGACCAUGCAAGCCACUGUUCGCCACCAGAUGACUGAAGCGGUAAUGGCUUAUGAGGAGAAAUCCAGAGAGCAAUGGUUGUUUGAGUAUCCAGCUCAGGUGGCGCUGACCUGCACUCAGAUCUGGUGGACGUCCGAUGUCAACAUGGCGUUCGCACGCCUUGAGGAAGGCUAUGACAACUCCAUGAAGGAGUACUACAGAAAGCAGGUGUCCCAGCUCAACACCCUCAUCUCCAUGCUGAUUGGUCAGCUUACACCGGGGGACAGGCAGAAAGUCAUGACCAUCUGCACCAUCGACGUUCAUGCCAGAGACGUGGUGGCCAAGAUGAUCGCUCAGAAGGUGGAGAAUUGUCAGGCCUUCGUUUGGCUCUCCCAGCUCAGACACCGAUGGGAUGAAAGGGAGAGGCAUUGUUUUGCCAACAUCUGUGAUGCCCAGUUUCUCUACUCGUAUGAAUACCUGGGCAACAUGCCACGAUUAGUCAUCACUCCUCUAACAGACAGAUGCUACAUCACCUUGACGCAGUCCCUCCAUCUGACCAUGAGUGGAGCUCCAGCUGGGCCUGCAGGCACAGGGAAGACCGAGACUACCAAAGACUUGGGCCGAGCCCUCGGCAUCAUGGUAUACGUGUUCAACUGCUCUGAGCAGAUGGACUACAAGUCUUGUGGGAACAUCUACAAAGGCCUGGCUCAGACUGGAGCAUGGGGGUGCUUCGACGAGUUCAACAGGAUCUCUGUGGAGGUGCUGUCUGUGGUGGCUGUACAGGUCAAAAGCAUCCAAGAUGCCAUCCGCGAUAAGAAGCAGAGGUUUAACUUUAUGGGAGAGGAGGUGAAUCUCUGUCCCUCUGUGGGCAUCUUCAUCACCAUGAAUCCAGGCUAUGCUGGCAGAACUGAGCUUCCUGAGAACCUCAAAGCCCUGUUCAGACCUUGUGCCAUGGUGGUACCAGACUUUGAGCUGAUCUGUGAAAUCAUGCUGGUGGCUGAAGGCUUUAUUAACGCUCGGAUCCUCGCCAGGAAGUUCAUCACCCUCUACACGCUGUGCAAAGAGCUGCUGUCCAAACAGGAUCACUAUGACUGGGGCCUCAGAGCUAUCAAGUCAGUGCUGGUCGUUGCUGGCUCUCUGAAAAGAGGAGACCCCACCCGGGCCGAGGAUCAGGUUCUCAUGCGAGCUCUGAGAGACUUUAAUAUUCCAAAGAUAAUCACAGACGACAUGCCCGUCUUCAUGGGCCUGAUAGGAGACCUUUUCCCCUCCCUGGAUGUCCCCAGGAAGAGAGACCUGGACUUUGAGAGGCAUGUGAAGCAGUCUAUUCUGGACUUGAAGUUACAGGCCGAGGACAACUUUGUACUCAAGGUGGUGCAGCUGGAGGAGCUGCUGGCGGUGCGGCACUCAGUGUUUGUAAUUGGGAACGCUGGCACCGGGAAAAGCCAGGUGAUGAGGUCACUCCAGAGGACCUAUCAGAACAUGAAGCGCCGGCCCGUGUGGGCGGACCUCAACCCAAAGGCUGUGACCAAUGACGAGCUGUUCGGGAUCAUCAAUCCAGCGACGAGAGAAUGGAAAGAUGGUCUGUUCUCCAGUAUCAUGCGUGAACUCGCCAACAUUAAUCACGGUGGGCCUAAGUGGAUUGUCCUGGAUGGAGACAUUGAUCCAAUGUGGAUUGAGUCACUCAACACAGUUAUGGAUGACAAUAAGGUGCUGACUCUGGCCAGUAAUGAGCGGAUCCCACUGAACCCCACCAUGAGGCUGGUGUUUGAGAUUAGCCACCUUCGAACAGCUACUCCUGCAACAGUGUCCAGAGCAGGAAUCCUGUACAUAAACCCAGCAGAUCUCGGUUGGAGCCCACAGGUUUCCAGCUGGAUUGACAGGAGGGAAGUCCAAUCUGAGAAGGCCAACCUGACCAUACUGUUUGACAAAUACCUUCCCACUUGCCUGGACGCUCUCAGAUUGAGGUUUAAGAAGAUCAUCCCCAUCCCUGACCCCAGUCUGGUCCAGAUGCUGUGCUACCUGCUGGAGUGUCUUCUGAUUCCAGAAAACACACCACCAGACUGUGCCAAAGACCUUUAUGAGCUCUAUUUUGUCUUUGCUGUGGUCUGGGCCUUUGGGGGAGCCUUGUUCCAGGACCAGGCGUGUCUGGUCCACACCACAGAGACUAUUCGGGUUCGUUACUUCAUGGACCGCCUCCUGGAACGCUGCAGGCCAGUAAUGCUGGUUGGGAAUGCUGGCACGGGGAAGUCCGUUCUGGUCGGGGACAAGUUCGGAUCGCUUGACCCUGAGAAAUACCUGGUCAAAAAUGUCCCCUUUAACUAUUACACCACAUCAGCUAUGCUUCAAGCUGUGCUGGAAAAGCCCCUGGAGAAGAAAGCGGGCCGAAACUACGGACCUCCAGGCAGCAGAAGACUGAUCUACUUCAUAGAUGACAUGAAUAUGCCCGAGGUGGAUGCAUAUGGCACAGUCCAACCUCACACACUCAUACGCCAACACAUGGACUACAGCCACUGGUAUGACCGGAAUAAGCUGCUUUUGAAAGAAAUACACAACGUUCAGUACGUGUCCUGCAUGAACCCCACAGCCGGCAGCUUCACCAUUAAUCCACGUCUGCAGCGCCACUUCUGCGUCUUCGCCCUGUCGUUUCCUGGAGCCGAGGCCCUCAGCACCAUCUACAGCUCCAUUCUGACUCAGCACCUAAGUGGAGAGGGCUUCAGCAGCAUCCUGCAGAAGAGCUGCCCCACCCUGGUCCAGUUAGCCCUGGACCUACACCAGCGCGUUUCCUCCACCUUCCUCCCCACUGCAGUCAAGUUCCACUACAUCUUCAACUUGCGAGACCUCUCCAACAUAUUCCAGGGCAUUCUCUUCUGUACCGCUGAGUGUCUAAAAGCCCCCACAGACCUGCUGAAAAUCUACCUGCAUGAGUCCGAGCGGGUCUACAGAGACAAGCUGGUGGAGGAGCAGGACAUCCAGGUCUUUGAUAAGCUGCAGGCGGACGUGGUGAAAAAGUUCUACGAGGACACGGAGGAGACUCUGGAGCAGACCAGGAGGCUGAACCUGUACUGCCACUUUGCCUGUGGGGUGGGGGAGGCCAGGUACAUGGCUGCAGAGUCCUGGAGCAGCCUCCACAAAACCUUGCUGGAAGUGUUGGACGGCUACAAUGAGGUCAACGCUACCCUGAACCUGGUGCUGUUUGAGGACGCCAUGGCUCACAUCUGCCGAAUAAACCGAAUCUUGGAGUCUCCGCGUGGCAACGCACUGCUGGUUGGAGUGGGCGGCAGCGGCAAGCAGAGUCUGACCCGACUGGCUGCCUUUAUCUCCAGUCUGGAGGUUUUUCAGAUCACCUUGAGGAAAGGCUACGGCAUCACUGAGCUAAAGAGUGACCUGGCGUCCCUCUACGUCAAAGCUGGCGUGAAGAAUAUCGGCACGGUGUUCCUGAUGACUGACGGCCAGGUGGCGGAUGAGACGUUCCUGGUUCUGGUCAACGAUCUGCUGGCGUCAGGAGAGAUUCCCGACCUGUUCCCAGACGAUGAGGUGGAGAACAUCAUUGGCAGCGUGAGGCCAGAGGUCCGCGGCUCGGGACUGAUGGAUACGAGGGAAAACUGCUGGAAGUUCUUCAUCGACCGUGUUCGCAGACAGCUCAAGGUGGCUUUGUGCUUCUCUCCUGUGGGCAACAAACUGAGGGUCCGCAGCAGGAAGUUUCCUGCCGUGGUUAACUGUACGGCCAUCGACUGGUUCCACGAGUGGCCUCAGGAGGCGUUGGAGUCGGUCAGCCUCAGAUUCCUGCAGGAGGUGGAGAAUAUUGAACCUCCGGUGAAGGAAUCAGUGAGCAAAUUCAUGGCUUAUGUUCACACGAGUGUCAAUCAAGCAUCCAAAGAGUACCUGGCUAAUGAGCGGCGCUACAACUACACCACACCCAAGUCAUUUCUGGAGCAGAUUAAGCUGUAUCGCAGUCUGCUGGGCCAGAGGAGCAAAGAGCUCACCACCAAAAUAGAGCGGCUGGAGAACGGCCUGCAGAAGCUCAGCAGCACCUCUGCUCAGGUGGAUGACCUCAAGGCCAAGCUUGCUGCUCAAGAAGUGGAACUCAAGCAGAAGAAUGAGGAUGCUGACGAGCUGAUCCAGGAGGUUGGGAUAGAAACUGAGAAUGUGUCAAAGGAGAAGGCGGUGGCUGAUGAGGAGGAACAAAAGGUGGCAGCCAUCGCUGUAGUGGUCAGUGGCAAACAGAGAGACUGCGAAGAGGACUUGGCCAAGGCCGAACCAGCUCUUAUAGCAGCUCAGGAUGCCCUUAACACGCUCAAUAAAAACAACUUAACAGAGCUGAAGUCGUUUGGUUCUCCUGUUGCGGCGGUGACCAACGUCACAGCGGCUGUCAUGGUCCUGAUGGCGCCAUGCGGAAAAGUUCCAAAGGAUCGCAGCUGGAAGGCUGCAAAGGUGAUGAUGGCCAAAGUGGACACAUUCCUGGACUCUCUGAUUAACUUCAACAAGGAAAACAUCCCAGAGGCUUGCCUGAAAGCCAUCCGGCCUUACCUGCAGGACCCAGAGUUUCAGCCAGAUCUGGUGGCCUCCAAGUCGUAUGCUGCAGCAGGUCUGUGCUCUUGGGUUUUAAACAUCGUCAAGUUCUACGAGGUUUUCUGUGAUGUGGAGCCCAAACGGCAGGCCCUUACCAAGGCCAACGCAGAGCUGGCUGCUGCACAGGAGAAACUCACUGCCAUCAAAAGCAAGAUCAGUCACCUUAAUGAGAACCUGGCCAAGCUCACAGCCAAGUUUGAGAAAGCCACAGCAGACAAGCUCAAGUGCCAACAGGAAGCAGAGUCCACCGCACGCACCAUCUCGCUGGCCAACCGUCUGGUGGGAGGUCUGGCAGCAGAGAACAUUCGCUGGGCAGAAGCCAUAGAAAACUUUAGAAAGCAGGAGAGGACUCUGUGUGGGGACGUCCUCCUCAUCACUGCCUUCAUCUCUUACCUGGGAUACUUCACCAAACGUUACAGGCUGCAGCUCAUGGACAACUGCUGGAGGCCUUAUCUCACUCAGCUGGAGGUUCCUAUCCCAGUGACUGCAGACCUGGACCCUUUGACCAUGCUAACUGAUGAUGCUGACAUUGCGGCCUGGCAAAAUGAAGGUCUGCCUGCUGACAGGAUGUCCACAGAAAACGCCACCAUUCUCACUUCCUGCCAGCGCUGGCCUCUGGUAGUGGACCCCCAGCUGCAGGGCAUUAAGUGGAUCAAAAACAAAUAUGGUGAAGACCUGCGGGUCAUCCACUUUGAGCAGCGAGGGUACCUGGAUGCAGUGGAGAGAGCGCUGGCAGCAGGUGACAUGGUUCUAAUGGAGAACUUGGGGGAAAUACUGGAUCCUGUUCUUGGACCUUUGCUGAGUCGAGAAACCAUCAAGAAGGGCAGGUACAUAAAGAUGGGAGACAAGGAGUGCGAGUACAACCCCAGUUUCCGCCUCAUCCUGCACACCAAGCUCGCCAGCCCUCAUUACCAGCCGGAGCUGCAGGCCCAGUGCACCCUGAUAAAUUUCACUGUGACCAGAGACGGUCUGGAAGACCAACUGCUGGCUGCUGUCGUCAGCAUGGAGAGACCUGACCUGGAGCAGCUAAAGUCAGACCUGACGAAGCAGCAGAACUGUUUUAAGAUCACGCUGAAGACCCUGGAGGACAACCUACUGUCCCGUUUGUCCUCCGCCUCAGGAAACUUCCUGGGAGACACAGAGUUGGUGGAAAACCUGGAGACGACCAAACGUACUGCAGCUGAGAUAGAGGAGAAGGUAAAAGAAGCCAAGGUGACAGAGGCCAAAAUCAAUGAGGCUCGGGAGCGCUACCGUCCAGCAGCAGCGCGGGCUUCCUUAUUGUACUUCAUAAUGAAUGACCUCAAUAAAAUUCACCCCAUGUACCAGUUCUCUCUCAAGGCAUUCAGUGUGGUCUUCCAGAAAGCGGUUCUGAAGGCCGAGCCGGAUGAGGCUCUGAAGCAGCGGGUGUCCAACCUAAUUGACAGCAUCACCUCCUCAGUUUUCCAGUACACCACAAGAGGCUUGUUUGAGUGUGACAAGCUCACGUACAUCGCUCAGCUCGUGUUCCAGAUACUCCUGAUGAAUAAUGAAAUAAACCCUGCAGAGCUGGACUUCCUCCUGAGAUACCCUGUCCAACCAGGUGUAACGUCACCAGUGGAUUUUCUAUCCAACCAUUCCUGGGGAGGAAUCAAGUCCCUCUGCUCCAUGGAAGAGUUCAGAAACCUGGACCGAGACAUCGAAGGUUCAGCCAAACACUGGAAGAAGUUUGUAGAAUCUGAGUGUCCAGAGAAAGAGAAAUUCCCACAGGAGUGGAAGAGCAAGAACUCGCUCCAGAGACUGUGCAUAAUGAGAGCCCUGAGACCCGACCGCAUGACAUACGCCGUCAGAGAUUUUGUAGAAGAGAAACUGGGAAGCCAGUAUGUGAUUGGCAGAUCUUUGGACUUCGCCAUCUCCUUUGAAGAGUCAUGUGCAUCAACGCCAAUGUUCUUCAUCCUCUCUCCUGGAGUGGACCCUUUGAAGGACGUGGAGAAACAUGGAAAGAAGCUGGGCUACACCUUUGACAACAACAACUUCCACAAUGUGUCUCUAGGCCAAGGCCAGGAGGUUAUAGCUGAACAAGCCCUUCACCUGGCAGCUAAAAAUGGCCAUUGGGUCAUAUUACAGAACAUCCACCUGGUGGCUCGCUGGCUGGGAACACUUGAGAAACUUCUAGAGCAGCAUGCAGCGGGAAGCCAUGACAGCUUCAGGGUGUUUGUCAGCGCCGAGCCCUCCUCCACCCGUGAGGGCCACAUCAUCCCCCAGGGCAUCCUGGAGAACUCCAUCAAGAUCACCAACGAACCACCCACCGGUAUGCACGCCAACCUGCACAAAGCCCUGGACAACUUCAACCAGGACUCGCUGGAAAUGUGUGCACGGGAGAAUGAGUUUAAGAGCAUCUGGUUUGCUCUCUGUUACUUCCACGCUGUGGUUGCAGAGAGGAGGAAGUUUGGUCCUCAGGGGUGGAACAGAUCAUAUCCCUUCAACAUCGGGGACCUCACCAUAUCUGUCAGUGUCCUCUACAACUACCUGGAGGCCAACCUGAAGGUACCAUAUGAUGAUCUGCGAUACCUGUUUGGUGAGAUCAUGUAUGGGGGUCACAUCACAGAUGACUGGGACCGCCGUCUGUGUCGGACUUACCUGGAGGAGUUUAUCAGACCAGAGAUGAUGGAGGGGGAGCUGUAUCUCGCACCUGGCUUCCUCUUACCAGGAAACUUGGAUUACAACAGUUACCACCAGUACAUUGACAACGCCCUGCCUGCAGAGUCUCCGUACCUGUACGGCCUUCAUCCCAACGCUGAGAUCGGCUUCCUCACACAGACGUCGGAGAAGCUUUUCCGCACAGUGCUGGAGAUGCAGCCCAGGGAUGGAGGAGUCGGUGAGGGAGGCGGGACAACGAGAGAAGAGAAGGUGCAUGCAGUGCUGGAGGACAUUAUGGAGAGACUUCCAGAGGAGUUCAACAUGGCAGAGCUUCUUGGGAAAGCAGAGGAGAGGACUCCCUACCAGGUGGUGGCGCUGCAGGAGUGUGAGCGUAUGAAUGUCCUCACCGAUGAGAUCAGGCGCUCCCUCCGUGAGCUAAACCUCGGACUCAAGGGAGAGCUGACUAUGACCAGUGACAUGGAGAACCUUCAGAACGCUAUUUUCCUGGACAUGGUUCCAGACAGUUGGACCAAACGAGCUUAUCCCUCUAUGUCCGGCUUGACUCUGUGGUUCACUGACCUGCUGGUCAGGAUCAGAGAGCUGGAAGCUUGGUCAGCUGACUUCGUCUUACCUUCUGUGGUGUGGCUGGCCGGCUUCUUCAACCCACAAUCUUUCCUCACAGCCAUCAUGCAGGCCAUGGCUAGAAGGAAUGAGUGGCCUCUAGAUAGCAUGUAUCUGCAGUGUGAUGUCACAAAGAAGAAUCGCGAGGACUUCACCUCCCCACCUCGUGAAGGGGCCUACAUUUACGGGCUGUACAUGGAGGGUGCAAGGUGGGACACACAGACUGGUUUGAUUGCAGACGCCCGCCUGAAAGAGCUUACUUCAACCAUGCCCGUCAUCUUCAUUAGGGCCAUCCCUGUCGACAAACAGGACAACAGAAAUGUCUACCAGUGUCCCGUCUACAAAACCCGCCAGAGGGGGCCUACAUACGUGUGGACCUUUAACCUGAAGACCAAAGAAAACCCCUCCAAAUGGACUCUAGCUGGCGUGGCGCUGCUUCUGCAGGUUUAACAGGGUAGAGAUGAACACGCUGAUGAUGCUGACAGGGUCAACAGCUGCAGCUCAUUUGGACCAAAGAUUGUAAAGCGGGAGUAAAACAGAUUUCCAAAGAAAUGAAUGUAGUUACACUGCAAAAAUACUCGAUCUAAUCAAAUUUCACCAUUUUAUAUCCAGCCACAAAGUCUUUUCCAUCUUGUUUUGAGGGCGAAGAAGAGAACAUGUAAGACUGUUAAUCAUGUUUUCCGGUAUGUCUCCUAUGUCUUAUUUAGUUACUAUAUCCUGACUGAGCUUCCCCGUACCAAUUUACAGCACACUGCAAAAAUCAGCUGUUUUAAAAGGAGAAAAAACACUUUCAGAAUCAGAAUAAUUAAUUUUGCCAAGUCUGUACACACAAAUAAGGAAUGUGACUCUGGUGAAUUUUGCUUUCUUUGUACUUUCAGCACAAUAAGAAAGACUAAGUACAAAUAAAAGCAAAUAAAAAUAA